AUGAAGAGUGUUCCAGUCUACAAAGCUGAAACACCCUUGGUGUCAUUUUUCCGUCUGGGUUCUUUGUCAGUGUCCAAAUCUCAGCUGAUGAACACUUUGAUCAACAACCGUCACGAAACCUUCUUCCACAGAAACUGCCCAGGAAGCACCAAGUCUCGCUAUUUGAUGGAUGGUGUGGCAGAGAUUGCCUGCUGUGAUGCUGUUAAGACAAAAAAGGGAAAGUACAUAAUGGGCCUCAAAGACAGAAACCACUCAGAUCUCGCUCAGCAGCUGAAGGAUAAGGCCAAAGAUGAAGAAGAGCUUCAACAACAGUUCAGCUCUGUUUGGAGCAGCUGGGUUACUGAAUUAACAGCAGAUAUAAAACCUGUUGAAGACAUCAACUUGGAAAAAGAUCAGUUAACGAUCCUUCAAGAACUUGGUUUUGAAUGGACUCUCAUAAAUGAAUGUAAAACGAGUGGCAGAUACAAGAAUAUAUCAGAGGUUGGUGAUUAUUCAGAUUAUAUAAUAAUAUGUGGACAGAUGUCAAUGAUUAGAAUGAUUGAGGCCUACCACAAACAUGUUUCAUUUGGCCCUUUCUCCCAUGAAGAACAACAACAGAUCAGAUCGCUCAUUGACAAAGCUGAAAAAGACUCACUUGAUGCAAUCAAAAGCAAAUGUGUAGCUAAAAGAGGUUAUGAAACAACUUAUUUAUAUGAAGUGGCCAAUCAUUUAACAAAAGAAGUGCAGAAAUUUCUGUCAGAGAGGAAAUAUACUUUGAAGAAGAUGUUUACAGUUGAUCUCUUACUGUUUGUGUUCUAUAGGGUGGAGUGUUGGGCUGUAGCAUCUCACAGAAAAUUUAAAGUGAUCAAUGAUGCACUCAUUUAUUUAGAAAGCAAGAAAACACAGUAUUACACAGUUUUUAAAAGCUUUUGUAAAGGCAACUUAUUUGCUGUUGUACUUGGAGAGCUGAUCUGUAACAAGCUGAAAGCUAACACUGUUACGGCUGUCUGCAAGAAGACUGCCACUGAUCUCGCUGGUGUAAUUUUCCCAGCAUUCAGUGGGAACAGACUGAACUUGGAGAAACAUAUGUUGAAGUCACUCGCUGAGAAAGAAGACUUUGAUGAUUUCAUCACCUACUUCACAUAUCCAAGGACACAAGAAGCUUUAUCAACGUCAACACAAAUAGUCAAAAUUCAGAGAGGAAACACAGACAUGUGGAUGAAGGAAUUUUCCAAUGCUCUGAAGGAUGAGCUGACAUUUGACAACAUAUGUUUUGAAAACUUCAGUGACAUAAAACAUUUUGAUUUCCUCAAGGAAGAGAUUAAAAAAGGAUUUAAAUCUAUCACUGAGCAUCACCUCUCCCUGGAAAAGCUGAAUGAAUCCAGCCUGAAGGCUGAAGAAUUCCUCAUAGAUCAGCUGUGUAACUGCUCCUGGGUAACGUGUCCAUUCUGUGCAGCUGCUUGUACCAAUACCAUGAAAGCUCACAGUCCUUAUGACCACACCACUCCUUUUCACCAACUGUCCGUGAUCAGUGGGGAGCACUGGGGACAUACAAGUGAGUCUGGCAUGCACGUCUGUACAGAACUGUUUUCAAGUAAUUACAGUUUCUACCCUUAUCAUUAUUCAGGGAGGUCAACUCCUGAUAAACAGUACAGAAGUGCUGGUUCACAGUAUUGUACCUGGAGAAUCCCCUCUGAUGGAUCUCAAGCGUACUGGAAAUGGUUUGUGUGUCGAUUUCAGCAUGAACUGGAAAGGCACUAUGACUUUAAAUUCCAGGGCAGACAAGAGAUUCCACAUCAGUGGAAAACAGUCUCUAAAUAUGAAGCCAUUAAAAGUCUGGGUGAAAUGUAUUAGAGAGUUAAAGAAACUACAAACCUGCUGAAAAUGACCAAACUGGU